AUCCCAAUUGCAUCAAACAAUACAAUUCAUAAAUGCACGUUAUUGUUCUUUUGCUAUAUAAAUCCAAUGCCUCUACACUAUUUCCUCAGGUUCUUCCGAUCACUCCACUCUUCCUGUGAUUUUCUGAUUCUUGUUCUUCAUCAUCAUCAGCAUUUUCUCCACCACCACCACCAUCCAUGGCCACCAACAACCCAUCAUCAUCAUCAUUUUGUCCACCGCCACCAUCCAUGGCCACCACCAACCCUGAAAAAUCCUCUCCCCCAGCAAAGAAAGCCAGGAAGGAAGGAGAAUCAUUUGAACUUCCUCCUCUAACUCAUUAUCUCCCAGAGGAUAUCCUUGAGAUUGCAAUGACCCUUUUACCCUUGAAAGAAGCAGCUAGGUUUAGCACUGUGGCUACCAGGUUCAGCAGAACCUGGUGCUUCAACAGAAAAUUCAUCUUUGGUAGAGAACUCUCUCUCAGGAAUGACCAACAAGCCCACACCACGCUUGUUGAUCGCAUGUUCGAGUCUCACCAGGGAAAUGAGAUCCAGUGCUUUCAGGUGCACGUGGAUCCCAUCGGUGUCGAACAACUGAUCAUGAAAUGGCUGAGAAUCUGCGGUGAGAAGAAAACAGAGGACGUGUUGCUGAAUUUCCUAAGACGGGGGUUCCGUCUAAGCCCCGAUGACAUCGACUGCCUUAGUGAAAGUCUUAAAUCUCUGAAUCUGGUUCGCUGCGGAAUCAUGAUGCCACCCGUCACAAGGAGCAUGCAGUUCCUGCACACCGUGAUUUUGAAGCAGGUUGAAUUGGUAUCAGAUCAGCUUGAGAGUCUGGUUUGGCAUUGCAGGGCGCUUGUGAAUUUGGAACUAUUUCAAUGUCGUGGGCUUCAGAGUGUGAGGAUCUAUGCCAGGGCGCAUCGGCAUUUGAGGACGGUGAAGGUUUCUGGGUGUGCUGGUGUGAAUUGGAUGAUGAUUGAUGCCCCUACAAUUAAGUGUUUUUUCUUCGCUGGUGUUCGACCAACAAUCUUAUUUGGUGAUUUUGGCGAAGUGUACUUGCAAGAAGCCAUCUUCAACUUUGUGCCUGCCAAAGGCGCCAGAGGAGCAGGCUUCACCAAACAUUAUCGGGUGGAAGCUCUUGUCAAUAUCCUGUACCAUGUCACCACUCUCACCAUUUCAGCUCAUUUUCUUGAGUCAUUGUCUGCUAGGAUUCGUCUUGGUUGGGUUUUUCGAGGAUCAUCCUUCACAUUAGCGCAUCUCAGGGAGCUUCAGUUGUUCAUGGAAACGUCAAGUUAUUGCAGCCCAUAUGACAUUCUCUUGUUUGUCAAGAAUUGUCCAAACAUUGAGAGACUCUUCAUUGAUAUGCAUAAUUUCGAUUUCAAUGGUGGAGUGUACUGGGAGGUGCAUCAGAAACCUAAGCUUGACGAGUUCAAUGGCUACUUUAACCAGCUCAGGACUGUUAAGAUCAAGGGAUUCAAGUUUGGACGGUGUGAACUUGUGUUGGUGAAGUAUCUUCUGCAAAGGUCAAUGGUUUUGGAGCACCUGAUUUUGGUCACACAGAAGUUUGAAGAAUUUGCGUUUGCACCCAAAUGGAUCUAUCUCUUUCAUUCUUGGAAGGCAUCACCCAUGCUCAACAUACAUUUAUAUGGACAGUCCUCUGACAAGAGUGGCGUUAAUCCAACCCAUUCAAAGAGAUUGCGCUGA